AUGGAACCGUUCUUCUAUCUCCACGCUGAACUGGAAGAGGAGCGGUUUGCGACGGCCGCUACUCGUCACGGCGUCCGGGCACAACCCACCACCACGUGUCUGUCGAUAUUCGGUAAAGACGCGCGCGAUGAGACCGUAGUCGUCCGCGUCCACAUGUACAGGAUUCAAUUCUACGUGUCCUUCAGGGAUACGCAACUAACCAGCUACUGUUGCACGUGGUUGGCGCAGAACGCCGCAGACCUCGUGGUGUCGAUGGAAACCGUGCACGGAUUCAAAAGCAUGUUGAUGGACAAAAACCACCAGACGGUGGCCGCUGACGAUUUCGCGGACACUACUUUGUCAAACGUGGUACGCCUGAAAGUCAGAACGCGGCGUGACGUGACAACGGUGGUGAGGAAGCUGGACGAAAAGGUGUACGAGUACUACGUCACCAACGGUUCGUGUCAUGGUUAUCCGUCCGCGGCCAACUACUACGAGUCGAACCUGGACGUGAUUGUGGCGGCCACGAGGGAUCUGGGACUGGACGCGUGCCAGUGGUGUCUGUUCGACACGCGUAUGUGUACGAAGAACGAGAACCGGGCGUUCGUAGGAAACGAGUACUCGGUGUACGACACGGGUGCGAUCCGAGUGAAGGACUUGUUCGCCAGACCCACGGCGCCUCCGCGUUCUCUGCCGCCUCACGUGAAAAUCAUGUCCUUCGACAUAGAAUGUCUUUCUGCCGUCGUGGAAACCAUGCCGGACGCUUCCAGAGAUCCUGUCAUACAGAUCUCGGCCGUCGUUUCCACGGACGCCUUGGGCCGCGGGCAGUCACGCGGUUUUCGGCGUCACCUCUUCACGACCGGCGGACCGUGUGCUUCGAUCGAGGAUGUGCAAGUAGUUCUGUGUCGGGACGAGGCCGCACUGUUGCGAGCUUUCGUCGAACACGUUCAUGCCGAAGACCCGGACAUCGUCUCGGGUUACAACGUGUGUUCGUUCGACCUGCCUUAUCUUUUCAAACGCAUCGAGGUACACGGGGUCGAGGCGUGCAUGGGUAGAGGAAAACGCCGAGCGACUUGUAAAAAACGCAAAAUGGAAGCGGUGCGUCAGUACGCGUCAUUCAUGCCGAAGACCCACGACACUCUGGUCCCCGGACGCGUCGUUUUCGACAUGUACACGCAUAUGCGGAAAGAAGUGAACCUGCGUUCGUACACACUGAACAGCGUGUCAACACAUUUCCUGAAACAGAAAAAAGACGACGUCGGUUACAGAGAGAUUCCGGCGCUGUACCACGGUGACGACGAAUCGCGCGCACGCCUCGGACGCUACUGCGUGAAAGACGCGCAACUCGUUUUGGAACUGGCGUUCAAAACGCAAACAUUCGUUCACGCGUUCGAACGGUGCAAAGUUUUUCGCACCAUGUUACAGUACAUGGUGGAACGCGGUCAACAGGUGAGAUUCUAUUCCAUGCUGUUGGCCUGGUGUGCGGACCGGAAGAUUCUAGUAAACGACGUCACGACGUCCCGCGACGUGGAGGAGAAGAGGAAGGCGAGUGCCCAUUACGAGGCCAACCUGUACGACCGUGCCAAAAAGGCGCGACUCGAACGUGGGAGGCACUCCUCGUCCGCCGCCACGACGGACAAAAACACCAACUCGCCGCACGACACCUCGGGAGAACGCUCACCGCCACGACAAGCAGGCAAAACGAGACGAUCGGGGUACGAAGGGGCCACCGUAUUGGAUCCGGUCAGCGGCAUGUACCACACGCCCGUCAUCUGUCUCGACUUCGCUUCCCUGUACCCGUCGAUCAUGAUCGCGUACAACCUGUGUGUGACGACCUUCGUGAGGGACGAGCGGAGCGGAGAAGAACUGACGGUGGCGGGUCUGGCCGAACGGUCGCCGGCCGGCUACUACUUCCUGGCGAGCCCCACAAAAAAGGGUGUCGUACCGUCAAUAUUGGAAAUGUUGCUUGAGGAGCGAGCCGACGUGAGACGGCGGAUGCGCGACGUCGACGACGGAUCUAUCGAAUACAUGUUAUUGGACGGGCAACAGCUAGCGCUGAAAAUCGCGGCCAACUCCAUAUACGGUGCAAUGGGUUGCGACAAGAGCAUUUUAAAUUUCGUCGAGAUACCGUCCAGCGUUACGGCGUACGGUCGCCAACUGAUACUACGGACGAAAGAGCACGUGGAAAACCUCUACGCCGGAACGCAGGUGUUGUACGGAGACACGGACAGUCUCAUGGUGAACAUGAGUGAAUGGGAUCCGAACCGCCAGUACAUCUGGGAUUGCGCCGGACUCGGCAAGGACAUGGCCGACUCGGUCACUAGAGCAAUCGACCGUGCACCGAUCAGACUGCAGUUCGAAACGGUCUACAAACCGUUUUUACUGUGCACAAAGAAGAGAUACGCGGCCGGCGUGUACAACUGUCUCGACAAGGUGGCGGCGUCCUCCGACGAGAACGUCCGACGCGCGUGUCGUCCGACGAUAAAGUACAAGGGACUGCAGGUGGUACGGCGUGACAACUGCACCUUCGCCACGCGCCUCAUGGAGUUCACUCUGGAAACGCUGAUGAGCGAAAACGAGGACGGCUCGAUCGUACGCAUCGCGACGCGCCUGCGAGACGAGCUGACGCGCCUCUUCCAGGGACGUGUGAACAUGAAAGAGUUGGUGAUUUCGAAGGAGUGGAAGAAGAAAGGCGUCAACGCGCAAGCGCACGACAUAUUGGCGCGGAGAAUGCAGCAGCGCGACCCGAACUCGGCGCCGUCCAUCGGCGACCGUGUGCCGUACGUCAUCGUCACGCAUCCAAAAGGUGCGAGACUGUGUGACCGGGCCGAGGACCCGCUAUUCAUCGUGGAAAACGAUUUGCCGGUCGAUUUCAUGUAUUACGCGGACAACCAGUUGGCCAAACCGAUAGCCGAUCUGCUUAAAGUCGUCUUGGCGGGGAAGAAUCCAGAAGAAAUAAAGGACAUGUUCUGGCCACCCGCCGUACCGAGGCGCUCGUCCGACAAGCGUCUGGCAACGGGCGAACGGAGAUGGAUGAAGAAAGCUUCCGGGGGAAACCAACGGAUUACGGAUUACUUCGCGAAAACGCGAUCGCAGGAGCAAGUCGAGGGAGAGGAGGCCGCGCGACUGUCGCUGUUGAAAAAAGAAUUGUGCGACGUAGAGGACGUGUUGGAAGGUUUGGCUGUAAAGUGCAUGCGGUGCAAAAAGAACGAAGAGCAAGCCGUGCGUUCCUGUCGUGACCGAGAGUGUGAAACGCUCUACGAACGUUAUUCAAAUAUUAAAAUAAGACGUCAAACGGUGGAUAAAAUCGACAGGAUCGACAAGACCGCAGACGCAUCCUCGCGAGUCGGUGUGUCGAGGUCGUACAACUUGUUUACCACCACCUGA